GGUGCUUAUUAAACUGGUAAACUUUAUAUCCGUAACGUUAAAUCAACUCCGAUGAACUGUAAUAACGUGCUCUCACUUUUAUUAUUGCUGUAUCCAGUGUCACUCUGGAGACUGCAAGCUGGAUCACUAACAGUUUUUACUUGUAUAUCCUUGAGUAGCAUAUUUUUAGCACAGUCUCUGUUUUGUAUUGUCCCAUUGUAUUGACAUUCGUUCAUUAAGCAGUCCGGUGUGAAAUGAUUCGCGCAGACAAACGAAUUUCGGAAGAACUGAGGCAGUAUUUUCUUGGAAAACCAAGUUAAUCCAUCUCAUUUUCAGCAGCUCAGAUUUAGGGAAUAAAUGGAGAGAGCUAUGUGGAUUAAUCCAUCCAGCUACAGAACACCUAAAAUGCUUGGGAAUUUUAGAAGGACAUUCUCGUAAGUGCAGCAAUAGUGGACUGUGUACAACUCGCUGUGAACUCACUCAGGGCGGUUCUAUGUUAAAACAGCAGUGUCUGUCAACAUUCGUGGGCGGGGCCUGUGGCUAAUGUGACUUCACACUACCAGGGAUCUGGAAGCGGCUUGUUCUGAGACACUGCUUAUGAUUUAUGGAGAUUAAAAAAAAGGAGUGGGUAGAUUUUUAUCAUUAUAGGGUGGUUGUGUACACACACUGCCAACACACAUUUAUAGCCAAACACCAUGCAAAAGUGAAUUUUCCAUAAUAGGUCCCCUUUAAUUAAACAUUCUAUUAUUGCUAUUAUCACUCUAAUUAAUUUACAAAAUAAUGUGCUUAUUCAUUACAGAUGUUCAGUUCCGGAAAAGUGGUCAAGUUAUUCUAUGAUGUUGCAUCUCCUUACUCCUGGCUGGCAUUUGAGGUGCUGUUCCGCUAUAGAAAUGUUUGGAACAUCGACAUUGAACUGAAACCAGCAUAUAUACGAGGAGUCUUACAUGGCUCAGGUAACCGGUCCCCUGUAUUGAUCCCUAAUAAGCUUCUGUACAUGGCCUCAGAUCUGAAGCUGUUGUCUGAGUACUUUGGGGUCCCUAUGUUUCAACCUCCAAACAUUUAUGAGAAAGACUCUUUGAAUGCAAUGCGUUUUGUGACAGCUGUAGCAGAGAAGGACAAAAAGGGAGACGUGCUGAUGAAGAGGGUGUCAAGAGAGCUCUGGAAAAGAAUGUGGUACACUCAUCAGGACAUUAUGCAGCCUGCCUCACUCACUGAGGUGGGAUUAAAGGCAGGUCUCUUAGCCAGUGAGGUGGAGCAAAUUCUGACCCUCGCUGAAUCUCAGCCAAUCAAAGACAAGCUGAAGAGUGUCACACAGGAAGCCCUGGAGAAUAAGGGGAGAAGUGGAUGGGGCCUUACCCCGCCAAACCCACAACCACAAUGUGAUCACUACUUCUCCAUACUCUGUAUAUUUCAACAAGUUCUAAAUAAAAUUUUGGUGGUGCAAAUUCACAUGGUUUUAGUUCAACAGCAUACACACACGCACACACACACACACACACACACACACACACUCAAACAGAUUAGAAGAAUAUGUCAGAGAGACAGAAAUAGUAAAGGAAGUUAUUAAAGUCUAAAUUAUAUAAUUAUAUAUUUAAUAAUAAAAAUUUCCCAGCACCUGACACCAAUCACUAGCCAUCAAGAGCACACACUUCACAUUCAGUGAUCCUACAACAAGGACUACAGACUAUUGUUCAGAGAUUUUCUACCUGCUCCAUGUCUCCAUUUCUCCAGCGAUCCCUCUCUACUCCAGUAAGCCUCUACUCUAACCAGUAUACUCACCUGUCUGAACAUCCCAGGAAGUGUGUGCUCUCCACAUUCACCAUCCACUUUGCCUCCUGCAACACAGUAAAGACUUCUAUUAUUAUCCAGUCAUUCUCCCCAACCUGCUAAAUACCUGUGUGCUCAUAUUAUAACUAUGCAAUAAACCUGUUUUUUCCCCCACUGUCUAUCUGCCAUUGAGUCUGGUAAUUCAGUGAAAUCAAGUAAAGUGGGCUGUUUAAGCUCAAUGGGUUUACACUUUCAGAGUAUAACAAUGGUCUUAAACACUUUCUUUAAGUGAUAAAAUAGUUUUGGCUGAUGCAAUAUAACUCUGGUGAUUGUGGCCACACCUCAAAGGAACGACUCCCUCAGUGGAAAGUAGAAAACCUUUUGACAAAAGAUUCUAAAUUAUAAGGUUGCUCACAAAAUGUAAACAAAUAUUGUGACAGUUCCUGUUUUGUUUGUUACUACAGUUAACAGGGAAUAAAAU